UGAUUAUAGCUGCGAGGAAGUGAUUACAACAACGUGGCGAUAUGUGAUUCUUGAAUGAUGAAAAGUUGUUUCAGCUAUCACUUGAUGAACCGCGGCCGAGGGGAAAAAUGAAAAGUAUGAGUGCAUGGAGAGAAAGAGGUUUGUUGUAUUCAUAUAUCGCAGACUGCGGACGUAGCGAUCCGAUCAACCUUCCAGUUAGUGCUGCAGCAUGAAGACGGGGCUGAUGUUGCAAUUGGCGCUACCCGUGGUGCUUUUGGCCGGAUCCUCGGAAGAAUUUUUUUUUCAAUACCCUAAGAAGGCACUGACGGAAUUCUUUGAAUCUCUGAAGGCAAAAAAGACGCUGCCUAAGAUGGGCCAUGUACAACACUACCACGUACAUUAUUAUCCGAUGCCUUUCCCUCUAUUAGCAUGGACGAGAGCACCAGAUAAAUACUAUCUCAACGAACUCUACGACGACGCUGUCACAUCACUCGGCUGGUCAGGUUAUCAUUACGGAUAUGCGCCAGAUCCGUCGCUAAUCAUGUCGUCGGGUCUCCAACAUCUAUCCGAGCCGGAUCUAUGGGAUGAUCUUUGGGACGAGAAGAGUCUAGACACCGACGACUCGCUCGACACGAUCGAUCGUAACUCCAAGGGAGUACUGGUGCAGGUUCCCGUCAAUCGACCACUCGUGUUUCAUCUGCCAUUGAAGAAGUCACGGCAGAGACGGAUAGAGAUGGUGACGACUUAAGGCCUCGCCGUGAAACAUCUGUUUCUCUUUCUCGAAACCAACAAUUGUGAUUAAAAUUGGUCAUCGAACAUCACAUCAAAUCUUCAAUCGUUUAGUUCUAGAUUAGCUAAUUUAGAGUAGCUAAUUAAAAACUUAACUUCUAAGUGUUUAGU